UCGUCGCCUGACGCUGUCGGAGCCGUGCGCCCACUCAGCUCAGCCCCUUCCCACUUCAACCCUGCUGGAUAUCCGUUUUCUUCUUUCCCAGCCAAGGCUUUCCGCCAUCAAAACCCAUUAUCGAAAUGAAUGAAGAAUACGACGUGAUCGUCCUCGGCACCGGAUUGACGGAAUGUAUCUUAUCUGGAAUCAUGUCGGUGAAGAAGAAGAAGGUGCUGCACAUGGACCGCAACUCUUACUACGGAGCUGAGAGUGCCUCCAUCACGCCUUUGGGUGAUCUUUACGCACGCUUCAACCUUCCGGGCAAACCUCCUGAGUCCAUGGGAAGCGGUCGGGAUUGGAACGUGGACCUGGUCCCUAAAUUCCUGAUGGCCAAUGGUCAACUGGUCCGCAUGCUGCUGAUCACCCAGGUGACCCGCUACCUGGAUUUCAAAGUGAUCGAGGGCAGCUUUGUGUACAAGGGCGGCAAAAUCUACAAAGUGCCCUCCACCGAGACCGAGGCUCUGACCUCCAGUCUGAUGGGCUUGUUUGUGAAACGGCGCUUCAAGAAAUUCCUGGUCUACGUGGCCAACUUUGACGAAAACGACCCCAAAACCUGGGAGGGCGUCGACCCCCACAAGACCACCAUGAAGGCUGUUUUUGAGAAAUUCGCCUUGGGCGACGAGGUCAUCGACUUCACCGGCCACUCCCUCGCUCUCUACCGCACAGAUGAUUACCUGAAUGAGCCUUGCCUUGAAACAAUAAACAGAAUAAAGCUUUACAGCGAGUCCCUCGCCAGAUACGGCAAGAGCCCAUACCUCUACCCACUGUACGGCUUGGGAGAACUGCCACAAGGCUUUGCCAGGCUGAGCGCCAUCUACGGUGGAACGUACAUGUUAAAAAAGCCCAUUGAGGAGAUCGUAAUGGAGAACGGGAAGGUGGUUGGAGUCAAGUCGGAGGGGGAGUUUGCCAGGUGCAAGCAGCUGAUUUGCGACCCCAGCUACUUUAUGAAUCGCGCCGUAAAAGUGGGCCAGGUGAUCAGGGCCAUCUGCAUCCUGAGCCACCCCGUCGCUAACACGGGCGACGUCAACUCUUGCCAGAUCAUCAUCCCCCAGAACCAGGUCAACAGGAAGCACGACAUCUACGUUUGUAUGAUCUCCGCCGCUCACAACGUGGCGCAUGCCGGCAAAUACAUCGCCAUCGCCAGCACCACGGCGGAAACCAACGACCCCGAGAAAGAGAUCAAGCCCGCUCUGGACCUGCUGGAACCCAUCGAGCAGAAGUUUGUCAGCAUCACUGACCAGUACGCUCCAACUGACGACGGCACAGAGAGCCAGGUCUUCAUCUCCCGUUCAUACGAUGCCACCACCCACUUCGAGACCACCUGCGACGACAUCAAGGACAUCUACCGGAGGAUGACGGGCUCGGAGUUUGACUUUGCCGAGAUGGAGCGCGGGAAAAAGGACAUCUACGGGGACGCCGCCGAGUAGAGACCGCCGGCGCCGCCGCUGCUGCAACACACUCCUCAAUAUCAAAGACGAACGCUGCCCGUAAUUGAAAAUCUCACAUUGUAUAGAAAGAAUACCUUCUAAAAAAAAAAAAAUUACGCGUCGCAGGAAUAUGUGGCGGUCCGGUGGGAAGUUGAUCGUCUAGAAUUAUGACAUAGUAAUACUGAAUUAAGUGCAGGGAGGGAUCUAUGCUUUAUUUUCCUCAUUUAUAAUCAGUCUCAGUUAACAGAUGGACUAAACAGUGAUUACUGAUUUUCGGAUGAUAUCUUGUGUUAUGAUAUAAAACAAAAAACAU